CUCCCAGCUGGGAGCUAUGAUACUCAGACAACGGACACAGCUUGAAAAGACUAAGGAAUCGAAUCAUAUUCAAGCACACAACUCUUAAGGAAAACAGAAGAACAUGUCUCCAUUUUACAUUCCAUCUGUUAGUUUUUUACUGCUUGUAAGUUUGGCACUCACAAGCGCACUCCCACUACAGAGUGCGGCCUUGACCAGUGAAGACUUGGAUGUCUUGAAGCUUCUCCUCAGCCAACUGGAAGAAUCAGUUCCUGCUCAAACGCUGGAACCGGAAGUGGAAGAAACGGCGGUUGAGGAAGCGGAAGUUGUACCUCAGCAUGAGGUGCUUGCAAGGGACUUCCUCUCUGCUCGGGACCUGAAGACGGUUCGCCAGGACUCCAACUCCAAGAAGUACUCGGGUUGUUUCGGCCGCCGGUUGGACCGGAUAGGUUCCAUGUCCACUCUGGGCUGCAAAACUGUUGGACGUCACAGUCCAAAGAGAAAAUGAAGUCUUAAGCAGAACUGUUACGUCAUUGCCUACGAUGACACCAGAGUGAAUUUUUAAAUGUGUUUAUUUAUUAGAAUAUUUAUUGAUCUGUCUAGAUAUAAAUUUAUAUUUAUAUUCUUUGUUUAUGCUCAAUAGUCAAUUGUAUAUCUAAAUGAAAU